CAUGGAUGAUGAGUGGUAUUCGGCAGCAUCGCACAAGGAUAUCGCUGGGCUCGACUAGCAUCGAUAAAGGCAGCGGUGAUCCUCCCCCAAAUUCAUGCCCGCAUCCAAACAACCAUCGCACAACACAACACCACAUCCACUCCUUUCACUUUCCCUUCGUUUUUUUUGGCUGGGCCAUAACGUACAUCCUUUACCCUCAUUAGUCUCACUAACCUCAACCAACUGUGAUACCCAUAUUAAACAGACUAUUUCUUGGCAACCCAACCAAAAUGCACGGGCGCUACCUCUUUCUCAUUGCCGCCUUCGCUCUUUCUUCCUUCGCUGCUCCGGUUUCUGUUGCUGUGGUAAGUGCCAAUCAUGUUUGUCGCCACAAUCACCCAUACUGAUGGUGCACACAGGUUGGAGAUGUCGAUACUAUGGUGCUGAAACGAGGACCCGUCUUCAUCCCAGAUGGUGGCUCGGGACAGAAGCGAGAGCCUGUAUUCAUCCCAGAUGGUGGCUCUGGACAGAAGCGAGAGCCUGUAUUCAUCCCAGAUGGUGGCUCUGGACAGAAGCGAGAGCCUGUAUUCAUCCCAGAUGGUGGCUCUGGACAGAAGCGAGAGCCUGUAUUCAUCCCAGAUGGUGGCUCUGGACAGAAGCGAGAGCCUGUCUUCAUCCCAGAUGGUGGCUCUGGACAGAAGCGAGAGCCUGUCUUCAUCCCAGAUGGUGGCUCUGGACAGAAGCGAGAGCCUGUCUUCAUCCCAGAUGGUGGCUCUGGACAGAAGCGAGAGCCUGUGUUCAUCCCUGAUGGCGGCUCUGGUCAGAAGCAAUAGAUCUUCGUUUCGAACGGUGGCACUAGUGCUGGCAACUUGGAGUGCUCCUUCCCCCAACCAACGAA